AAUAAUAUCAUAAUAAUAAUAACUGCCUAAAAGCAUGGCGCACGCGUUUUGGGGAUUGAUUUUCUUCGCGGCACUGCGGCUGAUCACGGCGCAGACGUACUCCGGGGCCGGCUGUCCCAGUUUCUACGGGAAUAUUGACCCCAACAACGAAGCCUAUUUGCGCGUGCUGACCCGCGGCCAGGCCUACUACGACAGCGCCACACACCAGAUCAAUAUCCUACAGGGGAAUUCCACGCCGACACCGGGCCCGUACCUGACAAAGAUCAUCAAGAAGGAUUUUGCCAAUCAGCGCCUGAUCCUGCACGCCAACAACAAGAACUUCUCCAUGACCGGACCGGAGUGCUUCGCGCAGAGUAAGGCCGACUUCGCCGCCAUUGGCGACGUGGUCGCGUCGGAGAACGAUACCAUCCCGGAGAGCAACACCAACGGCGGCAUCAUGCUCGAGGGCGAACCGUACUACCACCACACCCUGCAGGCCAACGCGGCGGCCUUCAACCCGCUGGUGCGGCUGGGCCAGGCCAACGCCAACCAUCCCAAUCCCGGCAAGUACCUGCAGAUCUGGAUCACCGUGGCUAAAGGCAUGUCCGACUUUACCGACUACGUCAACGGCAACGACUCGUCGAUAGAAACGUGUAUCAAGAUGAACACCAUGCUCGGCAACUGCUUCCUCGACUUCCUUCGCGAACCGGCUUUCUAACUCGUCCAAAACGUUUAGUAUCGAACUUUUUCUGACGUCUGAUACAUUUUUUAUUAUGUUUGCUAAAUAAUUCUGUGUAGUAACGAUCCGAAACAAAUAAAGGAAUUUUUCU